UCAUAUCACGCAAUUUCUACCCUCUAGGAAGCAAUACCAUCAGUACCACCCCAACGCGGGCUCUCCAGUCGGCAAACCUCGAUGGUUGAUGCCAUGGCUCUCUCCUAGCUGUUCUGGGAGUCUCUAAUCCCUGUCUUUCCACUGAAAAGCCCCUCCGUACCAGCCAAACCUACUCAAAUUUGAUGCUGCAAACCAAAAGCCGACAAAGAUUUGCUGGGCAGGCCCCAUCAGAAGUCUUACUCGUUCCGAGCUCGAGAGCACUGUGGAUGUGACUGCUGCUAUUGUCCGAGAAGCUAUAUACUUAUGGCUUCCCACCAUAGCGAACAACAUGAAGCUUCAGAUGCUCACUCCUCUUCAGAGUCUGUAGAGACGCAGCAGAAACCAGCGCACCCCGCACAGCGUUCAAGUGAACGACAGUCCAGUGUUCGUUUCUCAGAAAGCACCAAACCUCCUGCGCAGUCUCAGUCAAUGUCGUCUCGCUAUCCCAGGACAUCGGACGAUUCUGACGAAAUAACCCCAAUCAGAAGUGCGGAUGGCCAGUCUGAUCGUCGAUACAAUACCCAAAGUACCUCACAAAUAUCAUCAAGGGGGUCUGUAACCGCUCAGGAAGAGGAGGAUACUGCAGGGAAGGAGGAGACUAAGCCGACUUGGCUGCAAAAGGUGAAGACUUUCGCUGGGAACUAUGGUUCGGUGUCUUUGGAGAAUAAAGGGUCAGUGGCUAGGGAUCACCUGGCAUUAGAGAGGACAUUUCUUGCCUGGCUUCGAACCAGUCUAGCCUUCGCCAGUAUCGGAAUCGCGAUCACACAGCUUUUUCGACUUAACACAUCGAUUCAGAGUGGAUCAGGAUCGAGUUCGGCCACCAUGGUAACACCAGACGACGUCCCAUUUUCGCCGUUUGUCGGAAAGUCAAUACCGGUUGAGCUGGUACCAUAUCUUCAGCAACUCAGUGAAUCUGCUGCAUCCGCUGUGCCGACACUAGGGCCUACGUUGCUUGACCAAAUACUCUUGCUAGGACCUCCUGAUGUCAACGGCCAGCAGGUGUCCAGGAGGGACGACUUUGCCGCUGCUCAAAUCAAUCAGGAUCAAGCUGCAAAACUCCGUCAUAUUGGCAAACCUCUGGGUGCCACGUUCCUUGGAAUAUCCAUUGUUAUCUUGUUCAUCGGGUUGCAUCGGUAUUUCGAGUCACAAUACUGGAUCAUGCGGGGGAAGUUCCCCGCGAGUCGUGGCAGUAUAUUCAUUGUCGGCUUUAUAGCAGGAUCGCUGAUUGUCGCAAGUCUGGCGGUCGUUCUUGCAGUUGCGCCCACCGCUGUCGAGAAGAAAUGACACUGGAAACCCAAAGGGAUUAAGGUGUCAACGAACAAGGAUGCGAGGAGUGUUGGCACUUCCAUUGCGUCCGGACUUGGAGACGAAUGAGCCCAGUGUUCUGUCAUAUGACGACUCCGGAGCAACACCAGACGGUUCAACGCUAGGAUGCAGACAGACCAACGAGCUAUCUUCAAAGC